GAGUAUUAUUGUUCUGUGGUCAUAGUGGUUUGUGAUGCAUCGCGAAAUACGAAAAUAUGCUGAAUUGUGCUGUAAUUACGUGUCGUUUGCGUAGUGCAAAUGUAAGCCUGAAAAAAGGAGGAAUUUCAUUUCAUCGGUUUUCCAAGUUAGCACUGGAAAAGGAAAGAGAAUUAAUCUUGGAAAUGCCAUGGGGCAAAAUGUCUGCUUUAUGCUGGGGAGACCCUGUGGACCCGCCUAUUCUACUAUGUCACGGCCGUUUAGAUUCUUGCUCAUCCUUUCGUCCCCUGGUGCAGUGCCUCCCGCCUAAAUACUUCUACGUGAGCGUAGAAUUACCUGGCAACGGUCGGUCAGAUCAUUAUCCAAAAAGGGGUAACCUCAACGUAAUCGACUUCGUGCCACCGAUUAAUAAGAUAAGCGACUAUUUUAAAUGGAAGAAAUUCACUUAUAUUGGUCAUUCGGCUGGUGCAGCAAUUGGCAAGUAUCUGAACCAAUUUAAACCGGGACUAAUCAGCCGAAUGGUAGAUGUGGAACCGGAGCCAGUAUACGGAUUUAUCGUGAAAGAUAUGCCAGCGUGGUACAAUUUCUAUUGCUCCGCACCGUAUUGUGGUAGUGAAGGUCAUAAGAAGUUUCACUCUGGAACAGAUAAUUCGCCUAAGUAUACAUAUGAAGAAAUUCGCAACAAAAUAAUGAAAACCCGAGGCUUAAGCGAAGACAAGGUGGAACAUGUCUUGGAACGAUGUUUGGUGGCUAGUGGCGAUGGACUGUAUAGGUUAACAUUCGACCAGCGCUUUAAGUGUCUGGUCUACUCCCCGUUCCCUUACGACAGUCUUUAUAAAUUUUUCACGGAACCGAAGACUCCAACUAUGGGCAUGUUCGCCACAGAAAGUAUCGCAAGAAAUUCAUAUAAGGCGUUUCCUUUUUCUAUGGAUGAUACAGCUUGGAAGCAUGGGAAUUACAGUCAUGUAAUCUUGGAAGGAGGUCAUGAUAUCCAUCUGCAGAAUCCUGAGGAGGUCGCAUUACAUAUUACUAAGUUUUUGAGCGAUAAUCCUGAAUAGAAAAGACCUAUGGAGAAAUAAUAACAACAUAAAAUUGAUUUAGUUUGUAAAACUUAUUGGAAAUUUAUUUUGGAUGUCAUUUAUCACUAAAUAUAUAAACAUUUUAAUUGGUAGGGAGGAUAUUAAUGCCUUUUUUUUUAUUUAAGAAAAGUAUUUGAUGUGAUCUGUAUAUAAAUGUUAUUUAGAUAAAUAAGAUCGCUCAUAGACAUCCAUAUUUUUUUAAAAUUUAUAUACACUUUUAUGUUACUUUAAUAUUUUGCUAAUAAAUGUACACUCAUUC